AUGGCCCAUCGGCCUGUGGACACGCCCUGGCCCUGUACCAACUUCUGCCCCCAAGGCCCCCUGGGGCUGAGGGAGGAGGAGUGUGCCCGUGGUUUUCCUGAGGGAAUCUCCGGUCGUUUCACAAUGCUCGACAGUCUGAUGGACCUUGUUCUCCUCAAUGGAGCAAAAGCCUUGGGUCUAGAGGCCUCCUGGACCAAGACCAAGAUCACCUCACUUUUCAUCGUUAUUGCGGGGGCAGCACCCGACGGAUACGGUAGUGGAGGAAGAGUCUCUGGCGGUGGAGGAUUCUCCAGUGGUGGAAGUGGAGGAUUCUCUGGAGGAGGAUUCUCCGGAGGAGGCGGUGGAUCUUUUGGAGGAGGAUUUUCCGGUAGUGGAGGAUUCUCUGGAGGUGGUGGAUUUUCCGGUGGAGGUGGCAGUGGAGGAUCUGGAUAUGGAGGAGGAGGAUGCAAUGCAGGAGAGGUUCUGCAUGUUGACGGCUCCUGUGUCGUUCCCAUAAUCUCACGCAACGUAUUUGUCUAUGACGCCCCCGAACAGCAAGAAGAAAGCGGUCCACCGCCAAGUAUUCCUCCACCAAGAAUCGACCACAACAUCCUAUUUGUCCGCGUUCCUGAGAAGGGAGCAGCGCCCGAGCCAAUCAUCGUUCCUCCACCAAGGCAACAGAGCGUGGUGUACGUCCUGAACAAGGACGAUGGAGGAGGAGGACAGCAAGUGAUCGAAGUGACAGCUCCUCCCCCGUCCAACCCUGAGGUUUACUUCGUCAACUAUGCUGAAGGAGACAACCCUCAACUGCCCAUUGGAGUUGAUCUCCGGACUGCUCUCCAAGCGGCUGCCAACGGCGGAGGACAAGUCAUCGGCGGAGGCGGAGGAGCAGGCGGAUGCGGAUUUGGCGGUGGUUCUGAGGCGGAUUUGGCGUGGUUCUGGAGGUGGAUUGGCGGUGGUUCUGGAGGUGGAUUUGGCGGUGGUUCUGGAGGCGGAUUUGGCGGUGGUUCCGGUGGUAACGGCCUUAGUGGUGGCUACAGUCCUCCAGCACCUUCAAAUGCAUAUUCUGCGCCAUAG